AUGAAUCAAACAAAUGGCACUGAAGUUACUGAGUUUGUUCUCCUUGGACUUUCUUCUUCCUCAGAGGUACAGCCUGUUCUUUUCUUCCUGUUUCUGGUGUUAUAUCUUCUGACCAUACUAGGAAAUGGCCUUAUCAUCAUCACAGUGACCUCUGAUCAUCAUCUUCGCUCAGCCCCCAUGUACUUUCUGCUAUGCAAUCUCUCCUUUCAAGAUCUAUGCUACUCUACUGUCACUGUACCCAACAUGUUGUCACACUUGGGUACACAGCACAAAACAAUUUCCUUCCAGGGAUGUAUAGCCCAGAUAUUUUUCUUCCAUUUUACUGGAAGCACAGAGAUAUUUAUCCUCACCAUUAUGGCAUAUGACCGCUACAUAGCUAUUUGCCGACCCUUGCACUAUGAAGUUAUCAUGAAUCAACAAGCUUGUUGGAUCCUGGCAGGGACAUCAGUGCUGGGAGGAGUUAUUCAUUCCAUUACACAGGUGAUGCUCAUAUUAAAUUUGCCUUUCUGUGGUCCAAAUGAGCUAGAUAACUUCUACUGUGAUAUCCCACAGGUCAUUAAAUUGGCUUGCACAAAUACCUUUGUGGUGGAGCUCCUGAUGGUUUCCAACAGUGGUUUGGUCACACUUCUGUGUUUUAUAGUACUUCUAAUCUCCUAUACAGUCCUCCUUAUGAGGAUAAGGAACCAAUUGGCUGAGGGAAAGAGUAAAGCCCUUUCUACUUGUGCCUCUCACCUGAUGGUAGUGACUCUGGUGUUUGUACCCUGUGUCUAUAUCUAUGCCAGACCCUUUCAGAUAUUUCCAGCUGAUAAGCUGGUCUCCAUCCUCUACACAGUCAUCACUCCAAUGCUGAAUCCACUCAUUUACACCCUGAGGAAUGCAGAGAUGAAAAAUGCUAUGAGGAGGAUUUGGAACUACUCCAUUUGA